AUGGAGCUUCCCACCAUCGCCUGCAUACUUCUCUAUUCUGUUCUGUUUGCAAAGGCCACGUACCACUUCCUAGGCCAGAAGAAGCCCAGACUUCCUCCAGGCCCACCAAGAUGGCCCAUAUUCGGAAACCUCCUCCAACUGGGCCAACUCCCCCAUAGGGACCUUGCUUCCUUCUGUCACAAAUAUGGGCCUUUGGUCUACCUCCGACUCGGCACUGUUGAUGCCAUCACCACCGAUGAUCCCGACACCAUUCGCGAAAUACUCAUCCGGCAGGAUGACGUCUUUGCCUCCCGGCCACGAACUCUCGCUGCUGUCCACCUGGCCUACGGCUGCGGCGACGUCGCAUUGGCCCCACUCGGUCCAAACUGGAAGAGGAUGAGGAGAAUUUGCAUGGAGCACCUUCUCACCACAAAGCGGCUCGAAUCAUUUGCAAUUCAUCGGGCUGAUGAGGCCCAACACCUGGUCCGAGAUGUUUGGGCCCAGGCCCAAAUGGGACGCCCCGUGAACCUGAGGGAGGUGUUGGGGGCUUUCUCUAUGAACAAUGUGACCAGGAUGUUGCUGGGGAAGCAGUACUUUGGGGUGAAAACUGGGGGCCCAGAAGAGGCCAUGGAGUUCAUGCACAUAACCCAUGAGCUGUUUUGGCUCUUGGGCGUGAUAUAUCUGGGGGAUUAUCUGCCCGUUUGGAGAUGGGUCGACCCGUUUGGGUGUGAGAAGAAGAUGAGGGAAGUGGAGGAAAGGGUGGAUAAUUUUCAUAUGAAGAUCAUUGAAGAGCAUAGGAGGAAGAGAAGUGAAGGUAAGGAAGGGGAAGAAAAUGGAGGAGAGAUGGACUUCGUAGAUGUUUUACUGUCAUUGCCUGGUGAAGAUGGGAAAGAACACAUGGAUGAUGUGGAGAUCAAAGCUCUUAUUCAGGAUAUGAUAGCUGCUGCCACAGACACAUCUGCUGUGACCAAUGAGUGGGCGAUGGCGGAGGUGAUCAAGCAUCCACGUGUCCUCCGCAAGAUCCAAGAUGAGCUCAAUUUUGUCGUGGGCCCUAAUCGGAUGGUCUCCGAAUCGGACCUUCCCCACCUUAACUACCUACGCUGCGUCGUACGGGAAACUUUCCGCAUGCACCCGGCCGGGCCCUUUCUCAUCCCGCACGAGUCCGUGCGUGCCACCACAAUCAACGGCUACCAUAUUCCCGCCAAGACACGUGUCUUCAUCAAUACGCACGGUCUCGGACGAAACCCGGCCAUCUGGGAAGACGUGGAGCGGUUCGAACCGGAGAGGCACUGGCCAGCCGACGGGAGCCGGGUCGAGAUUAGCCACGGAGCCGAUUUCAAGAUACUGCCGUUUAGUGCGGGAAAGAGGAAGUGUCCCGGCGCGCCGCUUGGAGUGACACUUGUUCUGAUGGCUUUGGCUCGGCUCUUUCACUGUUUUGAAUGGGCUCCGCCGGAUGGGCUGGGACCCGAAGAUAUUGAUACAAGGGAGGUUUACGGGAUGACCAUGCCCAAAGCCCAGCCUUUAACGGCGGUCGCCGUUCCCCGCUUGCCACCCCAUAUGUAUCAUUAA